UAAGAGUCGCAUAGUUUGUUGCCUCCGGUCUAUAGGUGAAUGGAUAUUUCUUUUUCUUCUUUUAUCGAACACAAGAAGACUGUCAAGAAGUCAUUCCGUGCAGUCGGGUUUAUUUUUUCGUGUCCGAAUUGAUUGAGAAGGAACUUGUCGGAUUUCGUCAUAAUGAAACAACAACAGUGUCGACCAAUUGUAUUUGUUUUGGUGUAGGUGCUUCGGCUUCGUUUUUGUACUGGGUGUGUGUGUGUGAGUGAGUGGUGUUUCUGAUAAAGAAGCACAGUUGACAUUCUUGAUUGUCGUAGACAGAUAGUUGAACGGCAAAAUGGGGAAUUGUUUCAGUUCGGAUCGUCGUUCAGUACCAAGGGUUGAAGAGCCACCCAUUGGUGGUGGAGUGGGGGGCCAAUUUCUGCCGACACAACCUCCUGUUCCCAGCCUCACACCCAGCCAAAAUCACAUUGAUCAACCAUUUCCACCAGGUCGAAUCAUCCCUGUGCCGUCACUUCCUGCUCCUCCAGACCUCCAAGAUUCUCUGAGUUCAACAGCAAAGGUCUUUGUGGCAUUGUACGAUUAUGAUGCCAGGACUGAUGAAGACCUUAGCUUCAAGAAAGGAGAACAUCUUGAAAUUAUCAAUGACACCCAGGGUGACUGGUGGUUGGCCCGUAGCAAAGCAACUAAACAGGAAGGCUACAUCCCCUCCAAUUAUGUGGCAAAGCUCAAGUCUAUUGAAGCUGAACCGUGGUAUUUCGGCAAAAUUAAGCGCAUCGAGGCUGAGAAAAAACUGCUACUUCCGGAUAACGAGCAUGGUGCCUUCCUCGUUCGUGAUUCAGAGAGUCGCCGGAAUGACUAUUCAUUAUCGGUUCGCGAUGGGGACACCGUCAAGCAUUACCGAAUCAGACAGCUGGACGAAGGAGGCUUUUUCAUUUCCCGCCGAACAACGUUCCGAACAUUACAAGAACUCGUGGAGCACUACAGUGCUGAUGCUGAUGGACUAUGUGUCAACUUGCGCAAACCUUGUAUCCAGAUUGAAAAACCGGUGACGGCAGGAAUGUCGUAUAAUACUCGCGACCAAUGGGAGAUCGACCGGACAUCGCUCAAAUUUGUGCGCAAAUUGGGUCAUGGACAAUUCGGCGAAGUCUGGGAAGGACUUUGGAACAACACCACACCCGUCGCCAUAAAAACGCUCAAGCCGGGAACAAUGGACCCCAAGGAUUUCUUGGCCGAAGCGCAGAUUAUGAAAAAGUUGCGACACUCCAAGUUGAUCCAACUUUACGCCGUUUGCACGGCCGAGGAACCGAUUUACAUUAUCACUGAACUCAUGAAAAAUGGUAGUUUACUGGAAUUCCUCCAGGGUAAAGGACGUAACCUGAAACUAGCACAACUAAUUGACAUGGCCGCACAAAUUGCUUCUGGCAUGGCCUACCUCGAGUCGCAGAACUACAUUCAUCGUGAUUUGGCCGCUCGCAACGUUUUAGUUGGAGAGAAUAACAUCGUCAAAAUUGCCGAUUUCGGUUUGGCGCGUAUUAUCAAGGAAGACGAGUACGAAGCUCGUGUGGGCGCUCGGUUCCCCAUCAAGUGGACCGCACCUGAAGCAGCCAACUACAGCAAGUUCUCUAUCAAGUCAGACGUCUGGUCUUUCGGAAUCCUUCUUACUGAACUCAUUACUUACGGACGCAUUCCCUAUCCUGGUAUGACCAAUGCUGAGGUGCUCCACCAGGUUGAGCACGGGUACAGGAUGCCGGCACCUCCUAGUUGCCCACCUGCUCUCUAUGAAAUUAUGUUGGAAACAUGGCACAAAGACCCUAUGAAACGGCCUACAUUCGAGACGCUUCAAUGGAAACUAGAGGACUUUUUUACCAUUGAAGGGUCUGAAUACAAAGAAGCCGCUGUUGCCUACUAGAUCCGCUGCGGUUCCCUAUUGAGCCAAAAGACUGGUGAACGAUUAACCCACUCAAUGUCAUACACCCACAACACGUACUACACAAACAGCAAUCGCGCACACUAGUUCUCCUUUUGUCUUGAUUGACUUGGACUGCCUCUUAAAAAAACAACAAGGUUCAAUGAAGAAAAGAAAAACGCAACGGUGCUCAGGCGUGUCUAUUAUUAUUAUUAAUGGCAUUACUUAAGAACUACUCCCCAUAUCCCAAGUAAUAUUUGAUACCGUGUAAACCGCAACACACAAUCACAUUUUAUUUUUAUCUGGUUGGGAUUUUUAGAAAUGAAAAAAAGAGUGCAUUCAAAAUAAUCAGUAUUUGAUUAUGUUCUCCCUUUUUCUUUUCUGUUUCUUUGCUCGUCAGUUUAUUUAGCUUGGUUUGGCUCAUUUUAGCCUAACCGUUAUGUACAUUUCCAUCCCGAGCAUCCAAUUGCUGUUGAUGUGUAUGUGGAUGUGUGCGCUUCCACCCGAUGUUUAUCGUCACAGUUCUUUCUCUUUUUUUUAUGAUUUAAAUUGCCCUCGUCUCCUUAUUAUGAUUUUUUUUUUUGUUUCCCGUCAGUAUCUCGUCUUCAUUCGAACUUUACAGUCGUCUAGACUUUGUGUUUUCAUCAUUAUCCCCUCUUGAAUCCUUGAUUUCCAGGAACAAUUGGACAAUAAAGCACUUGUUUUUUCUUUUAAA